AUGGCUAGUAGAACUCAAUUUGAAAACUCCAAUGAAGUUGGUGUCUUUUCCAAGUUAACCAACUCCUACUGUCUCGUGGCCGUUGGGGGAUCUGAAAACUUUUAUUCUGCUUUUGAAGCAGAGUUAGGGGAUGCUAUUCCAAUUGUGCAUACCACUAUUGCCGGUACCCGUAUAGUUGGUAGAAUGACUGCUGGUAAUAGACGUGGUUUAUUAGUGCCAACUCAAACCACUGACCAAGAAUUAAUGCAUCUUAGAAAUUCCUUACCUGAUACUGUUAAAAUUCAAAGAGUUGAAGAAAGAUUAUCAGCUUUAGGUAAUGUUAUUUGUUGUAAUGAUUACGUUGCUUUAGUUCAUCCAGAUAUAGAAAGAGAAACUGAAGAGUUAAUUGCCGAUGUUUUGGGGGUUGAAGUUUUCCGUCAAACCAUUGCUGGUAAUGUCUUGGUUGGUUCCUACUGUUCUUUAUCAAAUCAAGGUGGUUUAGUUCAUCCUCAAACUUCUAUUGAAGAUCAAGAAGAAUUGUCUUCUUUAUUACAAGUUCCUUUAGUUGCUGGUACUGUAAAUAGAGGUUCUUCUGUUGUUGGUGCAGGUAUGGUUGUCAAUGAUUGGUUAUCAGUCACUGGCUUGGAUACCACUGCUCCUGAAUUGUCUGUUAUUGAAUCUAUUUUCAGAUUACAAGAUGCUCAACCAGAUUCUAUUUCUGGUAAUUUGAGAGAUACUUUGAUUGAAACUUAUUCUUAGAUUAAUGAUUUAUUAAUUACCUUUUUUUAACGAACUAUGAUGAAUAAAAGUUAAUCUGAUGGUCCGUUAAACGCUUCAUCAUUGACUCAUUCAUCAAAUUUAUGGGCAUUUUCAUUUCAAAGAUAUAUCAAAG